CAACUGUUCUCUACAAGCAGUACCUGGUCCUAUUCUAGAGGGCCCCUCCUCCACUUUCGAAGUCCUGUCCAGUGGCCCUCGAAGCGAGUCAGAGGGAAGAGGACCCCCAUUAAUUGCUGUUACCUAUACCCAUUGCUCUUUUUAAAGAUUUGGUCUCUCCCCUUCUUUUGCCAUCAUGGCUUUUCUCUUCCGGUCCAGCUCCGUCGACGAAUCUGCAAAGAUGGAUGCUGCUUCAGCCCACCAGAUCCGCACGCCUGAAGAGGCUGUGUCCAGGAUCGCCUAUCUCGCGAGCGAUGUCGUUGUAUCAGUCCAGCCCUCGUUGGCCACCGACUCGCCCUUCUCAUCACAUCUGAAGCGCUACGCAGGCCGCAAGGACCAGAGCCUCGUGGCCCAGAACGCCUCCUCGGUACCGGAGAUCAUCUCCGUCCGCCAGAACAACGACCCUCUCCUCUCCGUCUUCUCGCCCAUCCGCUCCGGCAAGCUCGUCUCCGUCACCACCAACUCGUCCAUCCUCCUCCCCUCAGUUUCCCACCUCUACAAGCUCGCGCAGUACCCCGUGGUCCUCCACGUCUCGCUCGAGCCCAAGAACUUUGCCGACUACUCGGUGAUCACAUCCAUCCGCAACACAGGAUGGACCUUCCUGCAGUCAGAGACUCUGCAGGAGGCGCAAGACAUGGCGCUGACGGCGCAUGCUCUGGCUGUGCGCACGGGCAAGGGCGUCGUUCACUUUUUUGCACCAGAAACCUCUGCUGAAGACAAGGCAAUUCCUGCAGAGAACACUACCGUUGUCCGCGACGUCCUGGACAUUGAUGCUGUAAGGAGGUUCCAGUCUGGCAGCAUUCAUGCUUCGGGAAUUUACGCAGACGACGGCCAUGUUGCCGUCUCAUCCAUCUACCCCGAGCCCGUCGUCGGGCAGUCACAGACUGAGAAGUCUGGUGGCCUCACCCCUGUCCCAGCUGAAUCCAAGGCCACCUCGGCAAUGACCUCAGUCAAGACCAGCCGCGCCAGCGAAUCUGGCGACUCAGAGGCAUCCGUGUCUGUUGCCACAACUGUUGAAACGGCGCCCCCCCAGAUCACCUCCGCAGACAUCUACGACGCGGCCACACGGAUAUGGGUCCAGUUGCAGGCUUCUGUGGGCAGGUCGUACAGCGCGUUCGAGUAUACUGGCCCCGCGGAUGCCACGAACGCUCUCUUCAUCUUUGGCUCUGACGUCGGCUCGUUCGCCGCGGUGCUGGACAAUGCCAAGAACGAGGACAUCUUCGCCAAGGCCGCCGUCAUCACUCCGCGUCUCUACAGGCCCUGGAUCGGAUCCAAGCUGGUGAAUGCUAUUCCCAAGUCUAUCAAGAGGAUAGCCGUCUUGGAGCAGAUCCACCGCAAGACUACCAAGUGGGGGCCCCUCCUGAUCGAUGUCUUGACCUCGGUCAAGAGCGGCCCCGGCGGCGUCGAGCACAUUGUUGGAUACCAGCUAGGCUACGUUGACCCUCAGGUCAUCACGCAAGCCCUUCGCGGCAUCUUCCAGAACCUCACGUCCGAGAAGCCGAUCCAAAACCUCGAGGUUGGCGUGCGUGACGCGCCUACGCAGGAAAUCCAGGAUGCGAACCAGGCGCCCAAGCUCGAGACAGCUUACAACAAGAUUCUUGACCAGCUGUUUGGUAACAGGAGAUAUGUUGCCAACGCUCUGAGGUCUGAGCACGCUGGCAUCUCCGCCAACGUGGCGGCCAGCCCUGAGUUUGGCUUUGGUUCAUUGCUCGCCCGCAAGCAACUACGCAACCGCUUCAUCUCCGAGGCCAAGGCAGCCGCUAGCAGCAAGGAAUUCACGACCGACGGCCCCAAGAACUUCCUCGCUCGCUGGGCGAUGAACGCCGAGGACCCAGCCAAGGCUGGCGAGAUCGCAGACGAUGUCAUUGCCCGCCUUGAAACCGAUGGCUCUCCGUUGGCUCAGAAGCUGCUCAGAAACAAGGGUCUCUUCCGCAAGGAGUCCCUGUGGCUGACCGGCUCAGACGCCUGGGCAUACGACCUCGGUAACUCUGGCGUGCACCACGUCUUGGCUUCUGGCGAAAAUGUCAACAUGCUGAUCAUUGACUCGACCCCGUACUCCGAGAAGGCUGCCGCCGACGCCGAGAGGAGGAAGAAGGACAUUGGUCUGUACGCCAUGAACUUUGGCAACGCCUACGUGGCCUCGACUGCCGUGUACAGCUCAUACACCCAGGUUCUCCAGGCCCUUCUCGAGGCCGACAAGUUCGACGGUCCUUCGGUUGUUCUGGCGUAUCUGCCAUACUUUGGUGAGGGCGACUCGCCUUUGACCGUGCUGCAGGAGACCAAGAAGGCCGUCGAUGCCGGCUACUGGCCCCUAUACCGCUGGAACCCCGACAACGAGAAGAAGGGUGAGCCCAACUUCUCGCUCGACUCGGAGCUGAUCAAGCAGGAGCUGAAGAAUUUCCUCAAGAGGGACAACCAGCUCACUCAGCUGAUGCAGAAGGAACCCAAGUUCGCCUCGAGCCUGGCCCAGGAUUUCGGUACCGAGGUUCGCGCGCAGCAGAAGCGCAAGGCCAAGGACGCCUACAACCAGCUCCUGGAGGGUCUGCUCGGUGCGCCGCUCACUAUCCUCUAUGCCUCCGACAACGGCAACGCUGCGUCUCUGGCCAAGCGCCUAGGCAACCGUGGCCGCGCACGUGGCCUCAAGACAACUGUCAUGGCCAUGGAAGACUACCCCGUGGAAGACCUGUCUUCCGAGGAGAACAUUGUCUUCCUGACGUCUGUGGCUGGUCAGGGUGAGUUCCCUCAGAACGGCCUUGCAUUCUGGGAUGCCAUCAAGGACUCGACCGACCUGGACCUGGCCUCGGUCAGCUUCUCCGUCUUUGGCCUGGGCGAUAGCCACUACUGGCCCCGCAAAGAGGACAAAAUUUACUACAACAAGCCUGGCAAGGACCUGUUCCGCCUGUUGACCAACCUCGGCGGCAAGGUCCUCGCCGACAUUGGCCUCGGUGAUGACCAGGACCCCGACGCCUACCACACCGCCUACAACGAGUGGGAGCCCAAGAUCUGGGCUGCCCUCGGCGUGGACAAGGUCGAGGGUCUUCCUGAGGAGCCUCCCCCAAUCACCAACGAGGACAUUAAGCUCGCGUCCAACUACCUCCGCGGAACAAUUGUGGAGGGUCUCAACGACCCCAGCACCGGUGCCAUCUCGGCUGCCGACCAGCAGCUCACCAAGUUCCACGGCACGUACAUGCAGGAUGACCGUGACGUGCGUGACGAGCGCAAGGCCCAGGGUCUCGAGCCAGCCUACUCCUUCAUGAUCCGCUGCCGUCUGCCCGGUGGUGUCGCCACGCCCAAGCAGUGGGUGCAGAUGGACGACAUCUCCAACGAGCUCGGCAACGAGACGAUGAAAUUGACCACCCGCCAGACCUUCCAGUUCCACGGCGUGGUCAAGGGCAAGCUCAAGCCCGCCAUGCAGGCCAUCAACCGCUCGCUCAUGACGACGAUUGCGGCCUGCGGCGACGUCAACCGCAACGUCAUGUGCAGCUCGCUGCCCACCCAGUCGUCGUACCACCGCGAGGUGUACGCGGUCUCGGCCAAGAUCAGCGACCACCUGCUGCCCUCGACCAACGCGUACCACGAGAUCUGGCUGACGGACGACGACAACAAGAAGACGCAGGUGGCCGGCGAGGCCGUGCAGGACUUUGAGCCGCUCUACGGCCCCACGUACCUCCCGCGCAAGUUCAAGAUCACCAUUGCCAUCCCGCCGCACAACGACACGGACGUGUACGCCCACGACAUUGGUCUCAUUGCCAUCAAGGGCGCCGACGGCCACCUCGAGGGCUUCAACAUCCUCGCGGGCGGCGGCAUGGGCGCCACCCACAACAACAAGAAGACGUACCCCCAGACGGGCCGCAUGUUUGGGUACUGCGCCGCCGAGGACGCCCACAUUGCGUGCGAGAAGAUUAUGCUCGUGCAGCGCGACCACGGCGACCGCAAGAACCGCAAGCACGCGCGUCUCAAGUACACGAUUGACGACAUGACGGUGGACGUGUUCCGGGCCAAGGUCGAGGACCUCUGGGGCAAGAAGUUUGCGCCCGCCAAGCCCUUCAAGUUUGAGAGCAACGUCGACACGUUUGGGUGGCAGAAGGACGAGAACGGCCUGAACCACUUCACCUUCUUCAUCGAGAACGGCCGCAUCGAGGACACGCCCGAGUUCCAGAUGAAGACGGGCCUGCGCGAGAUCGCCAAGGUGCUCAAGGGCGAGUUCCGCCUGACGGGCAACCAGCACCUCAUCAUGUCCAACGUGGCGGACGAGGACCUGCCGGCCCUCCAGGCGCUCAUGAAGCAGUACAAGCUGGACAAUGUGCAGUUCUCGGGCCUGCGCCUGAGCUCGUCCGCCUGCGUCGCCUUCCCCACCUGCGGCCUGGCCAUGGCCGAGUCGGAGCGCUACCUGCCCGUGCUCAUCGGCAAGCUCGAGGACUGCCUCGAGGCCAACGGCCUGCGCCAGGACUCCAUCGUCAUGCGCAUGACGGGCUGCCCCAACGGCUGCGCCCGCCCCUGGCUCGCCGAGGUCGCCUUUGUCGGCAAGGCCUACGGCGCCUACAACAUGUACCUCGGCGGCGGCUACCACGGCCAGCGCCUCAACAAGCUGUACCGCUCCAGCAUCAAGGAGGAUGAGAUCCUCGAGAUUAUGAAGCCCCUGCUCAAGAGGUACGCGCUCGAGCGCGAGGAGGGCGAGCGGUUCGGUGACUUCUGCGUCCGAACGGGCGUCAUCAAGGCGACGACGGAUGGCACCAACUUCCACGAGGGUGUCGCCGAGGAAGAGUCCGACGAAGAAUAAAACAGGGGAAGAAGGGGGUUAUGCAUAUCUAGAAGAAUAUCCAUGAUGAAUCUUGGCUAUACAGGGCAGGCAGGCGUACCGGGAACAGCAGCAGUAUUUGUUACAGUACUUGAAUCAUGCGAAAAAGAAAUCUCACAAUUUUGAACGAACGACA